AUGAUGGUUAGAGGAGUCGAGGCCACUUCUAUUAUUGUGAUUAGCGCCUUGCAAGCGUGCGAAGCUACUUUUAAUUUGGAGGAGGGUAAGAGAGUACAUGAAUUUGCUGUAAGGAGAGGAUUAGAGUCGGAUAUAUUAGUUUCAACAGCCCUAAUUGAUAUGUACAUGAACUGCUCUUACCCUGACAAAGCGAUUGAGGUUUUCAAAAGGAUGCCCGAGAAAGAUGCUGUCUGUUGGUCCGCUCUGUUGUGUGGGUAUGUCCAGAACGGAAUGGCAGACAAGUCGAUGGGAGUAUUCUGCGAUAUGUUUUUCAGUGAUAUCCGGCCUGAUGGUGGUGUUAUGGUGGCUUCAGCAAAAAUUCUUUUGUUGGGGCUUCACUAA